GUAUAGCUACGCGGUAAGAGCCUCAUCAUCUCUUUCUUUUCUUUUGAGGUCAUGAAACGCGUACGCACAGAACAGAUUCAGAUGGCAGUGUCCUGCUACCUCAAGCGCCGUCAGUAUGUGGACUCAGAAGGUCCUCUAAAACAAGGGCUGAGGCUGUGUCAGACUGCUGAAGAGAUGGCAGCUAAUCUCACAGUCCAAUCUGAAUCUGGUUGUGCCAACGUUGUGUCUGCAGCUCCCUGCCUGGCGGAGCCACAGCAAUAUGAAGUACAAUUUGGACGAUUACGCAAUUUUCUCACAGAUUCAGAUUCUCAGCACAGCCAUGAAGUGAUGCCUCUUCUGUAUCCCCUCUUUGUCUACCUCCAUCUGAACAUGGUCCAGAAUGGCCUAAAAAGCACAGUGGACAGUUUUUACAGCCGCUUCCAUGGCAUGUUCUUGCAGAAUGCCAGCCAGAAGGAUAUCAUUGAGCAGUUGCAGACUACCAUGACUAUUCAAGAUAUCCUGUCCAACUUGAAGCUCCGGGCUUUUCUGGACAACAAGUACGUCAUCCGCCUUCAAGAGGACAGCUACAACUACCUUCUUCGCUACCUCCAAAGUGACAACAACAAUGCCCUGUGCAAAGUCCUGACCUUGCACAUUCACCUGGAUGUGCAGCCCGCCAAGAGGACUGACUACCAGCUCUACGCCGGUGGGAGCUCCUCGCGCAACGAGAGUAACGGCCUGGAACCCAGCGACGUGCCGGCUUCCAUUCUGCAGAACGAGGCUGCGCUGGAUUUACUGCAGGACAGCAUUAAACGUGUCAAGGACGGGCCCCCUUCCUUAACAACCAUCUGUUUCUAUGCCUUCUAUAACACAGAGCAGUUGCUGAACACUGCAGAGAUUUCACCAAAUAGCAAGCUGCUUGCUGCUGGGUUCGAUAAUUCAUGUGUGAAGCUGUGGAGCCUGCGUUCCAGGAAGUUAAAAUCUGAGCCCCACCUCGUUGAUGUGUCCCGCAUCCGCCUGGCUUGUGACAUCCUGGAUGAGGAGGAGGAAGAGGAUGACAGCGCAGGCACAGAAAUGAAGAUCCUGAGAGGACACUGUGGACCUGUGUAUAGCACGAGGUUUCUUUCAGACAGUUCGGGGCUCUUAUCUUGUUCUGAGGACAUGUCCAUCAGAUACUGGGACCUCGGAAGUUUUACAAACACUGUCUUGUACCAAGGCCAUGCCUAUCCUGUCUGGGAUUUGGAUAUUAGCCCCUGCAGCCUGUACUUUGCCAGUGGUUCCCACGAUCGCACUGCAAGGCUCUGGUCAUUUGAUCGGACGUACCCGCUGCGAAUAUAUGCAGGCCAUUUGGCGGACGUAGACUGUGUCAAGUUCCACCCCAAUUCCAACUACUUAGCGACGGGCUCCACGGACAAAACUGUGCGCUUGUGGAGCACUCAGCAAGGCAACUCGGUGCGUCUUUUCACCGGGCACCGUGGCCCCGUGCUAGCGCUUGCGUUUUCUCCCAACGGUAAGUACCUGGCAUCAGCAGGUGAAGACCAGCGGCUAAAGCUGUGGGACUUGGCGUCAGGAACUCUUUACAAAGAACUGAGGGGGCACACGGACAACAUAACCAGCCUUACUUUUAGCCCCGACAGUAGUUUAAUUGCUUCAGCGUCGAUGGACAAUUCAGUCCGGGUCUGGGACAUUCGGAACACUUACUGCAAUGCCCCUGCAGAUGGGUCUUCCAGUGAACUGGUUGGUGUAUAUACCGGACAAAUGAAUAAUGUACUGAGCGUACAGUUUAUGGCCUGUAAUCUUCUUCUAGUGACUGGAAUUGCACAAGAAAAUCAGGAACAUUAAUUUUUUUUUUUCUUAGGGAAGUGGGUGGGUGUAUUGAAUGCCAGAGUCCAUUGCAAGCUGAGAUUACUGACUGUGAAACACUCUUCUUCCUCUACCCCCUUGAAAGGCAUGUUCAGAGUGAUGCAAAUGCUUUAAAAUGUCUUGCCUACAAAAAGGCCUGUGCUGUUGAACGGAAUAAGGAAAAAAGGUGGAGUGACGAAAAUAUGUAUACGUUCUAAUCUUAUACUUGUAGGGAUGGGGAAAAGGGGAGGAAAUCCAGUAGCUUGGGGAAACCGAAAGCCUGGUCCAGACAAGUGAAACUGCCAACCAGAUAAGCUGCUGAUCUGCACUUAAAUAUCCUGCAUUGAUUGAUGGGCACAUCUUACCUACUGUUAACUGAGGCUUGAGUGUGUGGAGAACUACUGGCACAGUGUUUUUUGUUUUGUUUUGCUUUUGUUUUCCUGGUACCGCAGAGGACCAGCAUUUUAAGACCCUUCUGUUAAAAGAACAUUAUGUAUUUUCUACAGUGAAAGUGGUCCUAAAUAUUACAGCUCCCUAUAGCACUUCUGGAAUAUUUUGGACUAGCUAAGUAGAAAAUACCAUCUUUCUUU